AGAAAACAAAAAUGACGGCAAGUUCGGUGGUGGAUAAACAAGAAAGUGCCGCGGAUCUCAAUACUUUGCUCAAGGAAGUGAGCAACUUGAAAAUUCGUAUCGAAGAAGAGCGAAGGAAAGUGAACGAUGUCACACUCGCCAGCGUUUCUUCUCGCCUGGAGUCCAUGCAACCGUUUAAUUUCAAAGCCCGAAGGCUCUUGAAAGGACACACCGGAAAAGUUUUGUGUCUCGACUGGUCGUGUGACAAGCGCCAUGUGGUGUCAUCCUCGCAGGAUGGGAAACUCAUCAUUUGGGACGCUUUUACUACGAACAAAGAGCAUGCAAUAACUAUGCCUACGACGUGGGUUAUGGCUUGCGCUUAUUCUCCGUCGGGGAACCAAGUUGCUUGCGGAGGGCUUGACAAUAAGGUUACCAUGUACCCCUUGAGCUUGGAAGAUUCCGAUGCAUCUGUGAAGAAGAAAACCGUUGGUGUUCACUCCUCGUACGUUUCCUGUUGCUUGUUUCCAAACUCGGACCAACAGAUUCUCACUGGAAGUGGUGACUCUACUUGUGCCCUGUGGGAUGUGGAAUCUGGUCAGAUGCUGCAAGGAUUCCAUGGUCACAGUGGCGACGUGAUGUCCAUUGAUCUCGCACCAUUCGAAACUGGCAACACGUUCGUGUCCGGGUGUCGCUUGUAUGACUUGAAAGCGGACAGAGAAGUUGCGUGUUACACCAAGGAAAGCAUCAUUUUCGGUAUCAAUGCUGUCGAUUUCUCCUUGAGUGGGAGGUUGUUGUUUGCUGGCUAUAACGACUACACAGUCGGUGUUUGGGACACCCUGAAAGUUACCCGUUUAACUGCAUUAUACGGCCAUGAGAAUCGUGUUUCUUGUCUGAAGAUGUCCCAGUGGGACAUGAGGACGGGCCAACGAGUUCACGUUUUCGAGGGCCAUGAAGCGGACAUUAAUGCGGUGAAAUAUUAUCCAAGUGGAGAUGCCAUUGUUACCGCCGGGGACGAUGCUACUUGUCGCUUGUAUGACUUGAAAGCGGACAGAGAAGUUGCGUGUUACACCAAGGAAAGCAUCAUUUUCGGUAUCAAUGCUGUCGAUUUCUCUUUGAGUGGGAGGUUGUUGUUUGCUGGCUAUAACGACUACACAGUCGGUGUUUGGGACACCCUGAAAGUUACCCGUUUAACUGCAUUAUACGGCCAUGAGAAUCGUGUUUCUUGUCUGAAGAUGUCCCCUGAUGGCACAGCUUUCUGUACAGGGUCCUGGGAUACAAAUCUGAAGGUCUGGGCUUGAAUGGCGAAUCUCCUUUUUUUUUCAUGGGCGAGUGCUCAUUUGUGAGGCAUCAAGAAUUCCCGCGGCAUCAUGACAAGACGUCAUUGUUGAUCAAGAUAGUACCAAAUUUGUAUUACCGAUUCAACUUAUUGUCAGGUGACUGAGAGCAUCGUUUGCUGAAACUCUAUGAUGAUUAAAAGUCUUGAAAUGUUUCUCAUCGUAGCUGGCGUGUCUAGGAAUUAUGAAGAUUUCAGACUGCUCAUUCACUGUAAUCUUUGUGUAAUUCAAGUGGACCCUCUCUACAACGAAAUUCAGUGGACCAGAAAAAAAAAUCCUAGUACAGAACCCCUAAAAUAUAAUCGAAUCUUGAUAAAUCACCAUUCGUCGGUGAGGUUUCUGGCUCUUUAAAGGGGUUGGUGUUUCAUCAAGAAAGUUGAAAUAAUUUGAAAAUUGAGUAUAAUAGGAAAUACAAUUUUCAUCAUUUUGAAAAUCCAUCAAAAUAAGCCUGAGAUGCGUGAGUUGAAUCUAGCUGAUGUUCCGCGAAGUAAAUUUUGUAAUAUUUGUGUUUUUAAUCGGAGACCUCUCGCAGAAACUUGAAUCUUGGUGGGUUAUCAAAUAAGGAAUUAUUUGACAGGAGCAUAUGUGAGUUGCCAGUAAUUUUGGCAGAUGGAGUUUGAACGGGGUUUAUUCUCAUUGGGGAAGAUUUGUAUUUCAAAAUAAAUUGGCAAUUGCCGAUGGUGGCGGCUUAUAUUGGGGGUUCAAUGGACCAAAAAAAAAGAAUUCGUUGUACAGAUAAAAUCAUUGUAGAGAGUCUAUCUGUAAAUGAAGUUGUGGUCUGACGUCAGAAAGAGCAAGUCCUUUUUUCGUAAUUCCUGGGACGACCUUUCGUUUUCUGAAGACAUCUUUCGAUGCAUUCUUUCCGUGAUUCUAAUACUGGUUGAUUGUUUCAGGUGAACAUUUUUUUUCCGGGAUGAGAAAAAAAUGUGAAAGAGAAAACCGCCGAAUCCCACCUGCCCUUCUAAGAAAAUCGAUACGACCAUAAGCGAGUUGUGGUUAUCGUGGCUAUGCCCUCAUGUUUUUCUCUCCCCACAUUGAAAGUUUCUCGGUGCUUGGAUGUUACCAGAGGGAGAAAAGCUCGUCCGGAAAGUGAACCGAAUAUUUUGUAAUUUUUUCCUGUGAUGAUCUGACGCAAUUUUGGGCUGUUGAUGAACAAAAGAGGCAUAAUUUUCAUAAAUUAUCGUGACUUCACUGGCGAAUUACGUGUGGGGUGUUGGUAUGGGUUUCGGAAAUCAUUAGUACUCAGUUUAGGGGUGUAAGGGUUUUGAUUUACAGUACUAACUAACCUGGAUUUCGGGGAUUAUUUGGUUUGUGUGAAGAAGCAGAGGUAAGUUCAAGUGUGCAAGCUGAGGAGAAUGAGUCUCUACGCUCUUUUGGCUGUUGCGACUCUCUGCAAUGCUGUCACGGCGUAUCAGGUCAUGUCGGAGCCGUAUUCAAUGAGGGAAACUUUCCUGAAAGUUCUGGGAGAUUCCAAGUUCCUGAAUCCCUUGAGCAGGUACGAUUACUUCGGGGACGAUGCUGCCAAUGUGGGAUUCCAAGCCCCUGUUGAAAGGCAAUAUUCUGCCGAAGUGAAUGGACUGUAUCCGUGGACAGAGGAUAGCGAUGACAAGUAUUUUGAUCGAGUAGUGAAGGGCAAUGAAGAGCAACAACUUCUGGAUGAUUAUGCAAUUGAUGAUCCCCUGACGAACCCGAUGACCCGGGAUCAAGAGUACCUCCAGCAUUCCUCUCUUUGGGGCCAUCACUACAUCCAAGGAGGAGCAGGUGAAGGUGAUCAGAUUCUGAAACCAGAUGGGAGUCAGAAAAACACCCAGGACUCGAAGACUGAUGCUGUUCUGCCUGCUUAUUGCGACCCUCCAAAUCCGUGCCCUCUUGGCUUCACUGCCGAGGAUGGCUGCUUGGAGGAUUUUGAAAACACUGCUGCAUUUAGUCGUGAAUAUCAAGAAGCUCAAGAUUGUUUGUGCGAUGCCGAACACAUGUUCGGCUGCGGAGACGCGAGGAAAG